UCACCCAGUGGAUUCACCACCACAGAGACAUGCAGAGGUAGAGAGACCAGGAACCAGUGAAACCAGUGAGUCCACCUCACUGACACGGGGACACACGGUUCUGUGUGUAUUUUAACACACCAGCACGCUCUUACACAUGCACACUAACUUGAGAACAGGGCUGCAUGUUGUGUUCAGACUCCUCGUGGUGCCUUCAGGUUCCUCCUGUAGCAACUGUGGGACUGUCGUUCACAGGACUCUCCCUGACAGACGAGGCGGCAGAAGAAGAUGAGCUCACUACACAGACAGCUGAGUCAGCUGCUCUCAGCAUGGAGCUGGAGGAGGAGGGUGGAUGUUUCCCUCUGCUCAGCCACUGGCCUCCACCUCAGGACCUACUGCUCCACCUCCUCAGAGCCAGACCCCCUCCAGGUCCACAGGAGGAAGCUGUUCCUGUGGUUCAGCCACCUUCCUCAGGAGGAGAAACAGUUUGGAGGUUACUUCAGCCCAGAGACCAUGCAUGUGGAUCCACUGAUUGUGGAAAGAAAAGCUGAGGAGAGGGCAGGACUCCUCAGCCUCCCUCUCCAGACCCAGCCCCUGUCCAGCUCCUCGGUGUCUGUGGAACAGCUGUUUGAAACCACAGACACCUGGAACGAGGGUCGGGGGGUCAACGUGCUGUUGUAUGGGGCUGUGGGAACAGGGAAAAGUACGGUGGUCCGAAAGCUGGUGCUGGACUGGUGCACUGGGACCGGCCUGACCCACUUCAAGCUGCUGGUGCCUUUCUCCUGUGAGGACCUCAGUGAACUGUCAAAGGUGGCUUCCUUAAGGGACCUGGUGAGCAGGAAGUACCUCCACCUGAGAAAACACCCCCUGCUGAGCGGGGAGGGAAACCAGGCUAAGGAUGUGCUCUUCCUCUUCAAUGGGAUGGAGAAGAUGAAGCUAGACUUCCGGAUCGGAUCCACGGAGCUCUGCAGCGAUCCGAAUGAGGCGCUGCCUCCUAAUGUGGUGGUGGUGAACCUGCUGAGGAAGUACCUCCUACCUGAGGCCAGCAUCUUGGUCACCACCAGACUGUCAGCCAUGGACCGUAUCCCACAGAAGUAUGUGAGUCGCUACGCUCAGAUUUGUGGCUUCAAUGACCCAGGCCGCCAGCGGGCGUACUUCACCAGUCGCCUGCUGCAGCAGAGUGGGGAGACGGCUCGUGACCAUGAGGCCCAGGCUCUUAUAGAGCUGCUGUACCUCAACCUCCAGAGAGAGAGCCAGCUGGCUGCAGCCUGCUUCCUGCCCUCCUACUGCUGGCUGACCUGUGCUACCUUACACUUCCUCCAUUUCACUGACGCCAAGGCGCCCAUCCGCACACUGACCGGCAUAUACACCAGUUUCCUCAGGCUCAACUUCGGGGGCGAGGUACUGGGCACAGGAGCAGGGACUAAUGUGCCCAUUCAGGGGCACAACAAUUCUCUGAUGUUGUAUGUCGUCCGUACCGUUGGUAAAAUGGCAUUUGAGGGCGUGACGUACAAACGAACGUCGUUCUCAGAGAAGGAACUGGAGCAGUGGAUCGGAGGGAAGACCAAGACGGAUGAGGAGCUGCAUCAGUUGGCCAUGUUCCGGACUGACGUGCUGGACUUCUUCCUGGCUCCCUGUGUAGAAAGCGGGAAACAUUUUCCAGAAGCUCUCAGUGAGAACAACGAGCAGCGGUAUGUGUUUGCUGUCCCAGCCAUGCAGGAGUACCUGGCGGCUCUCUACGUGGUUCUUGGAGAGAACAAAUCAGCUCUGGAGAAGCUCUCCAAGCGGAUGUCUGUGGCCAUCGGUCAGGCAGGCGAGGACGUCAACGCCCUCUUCGGCAUCCUCUCUAAAUUUAUCCCCCUUCGAAUAUUCGCCGUCUUCAACCUCCUCAAGCUUUUCCCAAAGCUCUAUGAGAAAAUCAGCAGCCACAACAAAGGCAGCAUCGCCAGAACCAUGGCGACGGAGAUGUUCCGCACCGAGGACAGCUACAACGAGGAUGUCCUGGAUCAGGUGGAGCAAAGCCUCCUGGGAGUCCACGGCCCUCAGCCACAGCAGCACAGUGAAGGCCCGCCUUUUGAGCUCUACCCCAUCUUCAUGGGUGGACUGCUGCAUUAUGGGAACCGCGUCCUUCUCCAGCAGCUUGGCUGCAGUAUUCAGAGCACCACUGUGGUCCAGAUCACACGUGCCCUCAGGAAGCACCUGGUCAGAGAGCUCAGUAAGCCACAGCCACCAGAGGAGGUGAUGGAUCUGCUGGUUCUUCUGUACGAGUUUCAGAACCCCAGACUGACUGCAGAGGUUCUGGCCUCAAUGAGAACCAUCCGCCUAACCAACAUUCGUAUGACGUCACUCAAAUGCUUCGUGCUGAGUUCUGUGCUCUCGUGCACCCCCACAAGUUACCACCUUGAGGAGCUGGACCUGUCGUCCUGUCUCCUGACUCACGACCUGCUGCAGACGCUGUGGCCUGCCUUCAGACACACACACAACCUCAAUCUUCAGUUUAACAGCCUGGGUCCUGAGUCCUGCAUCCUCCUGAGAGAUCUGCUUCUAGACCCUAAGAGUUCUGUCAGAUCUCUACAAUUGUGUGACAACCCUCUGCUGGAGUCUGGAGCCUGCACCCUCCUGGAGGCCCUGCCAGAGAACCAGUCCCUGAGACACCUGUCCCUGAUGCACACCGGGCUGGGGGACUUGGGGGCCCUGCAGUUGGCUGAGAGGCUGCAGCAGCACUCGGGGCUCCAGGAGCUCAACGUGGCCUAUAACAACAUUGGGGACAACGCCGCUCUGGCUCUGGUGGAUGCCUGCAGGGAACAUCCCAGCAUCCACACUGUGCACUUGUAUCUGAACCCUCUCAGUGACGUGGGGAAACAGUCUCUGUACGUCCGUGGCGUUCCCAGCAGUGACAGCGGAAGCGGCCGGCGGGUCAAGGUCCUGGCUUCAGUCACUGAAGGCUCAGACCUGUCUGAGGACUGGCACCCCAUCCUCAGAGUGAUCCGAGAGAACGCCUUGUCCUGGGACCGCCAACGAGUCCAGCAACAGCUGAAGGUCUUCCUCAGGGACCUGGAGUGGGGCCGUCAGCAGCAGCAGAGUCUCUGGAAGAGGCUGCACUUCCGCCGGGUGGAGAAGGGAGUCCGACAGACUCUGGAGCUGCUGGAGAAGGACCCUCCUACUCCACCCACAGGAUACAGGAUGUGAUGGAUCAACACGGAGCUCAACAAGUCCAGCAGCAUUUCAGGUUUGAGACAGUCUGAACCCACAAGACACUGCCUCACUGAUGACAUCGUGACCUCAUUCAAACAAGAACAACCACACCCACUGUGAUUGACCUCUGGAGCGGGGGUGGUGCUCCACAUGUGGAUCAAUAAUCAGUUGACAAAGUGAAAAUGUGUCUAAUGUGGAUGAACCAAAUAAAUCAACAAGAUAAAAUAAAACAAACAACAAUAGGAAGUACAUCCAUAUUCAUUAGCUGGUAAACACCAGAAAGAAAAAACACAACAGUGUUUAAAUAAUCCUAAUCAAUUCCUGUUAAAUGAUAUUAUACAGAGGUUUCUAAGGAAGAGUAAGACAUAAAAAUGUUACUGUGAGUCAGAAGAUUUUCCCAGCAUGCUUUGAGAGUCUUUAAUGUGAAAAGCACUUUGUGAAAUGAUGGAUCAAAGUUACAGGAUCUGUUUAUGAACCAGUUUCACUUCCUCUAAAAAAAACUGAACGUUGAGUCUCUGUAUGAGUGAGUCUCAAAAACACUGAAACCUACGAUUCCCAUAAUGCAACAGGACUCUGGCUCUCUGUCAGACCCUCAGGUGGUGAAGGUCACAGACAGAACCACACACAGCUGAGGCUCUGACAGCUUCCUCUGGUUUGUCCUCUCCUGCUCUCCGUAGCUCAGGUCAGACCUUUCAGCUCGUCUCCUAUUGGUCAGUGGAGAAGCUUCAUUCUCUCUGAACAGAUGUGAAAAUAUCUGGCUGUGAUUCCAUUGACAUGAUGUGACCAGACCUCUCCUCUCUGUGAGACAGCAGGGUCACAUGACCUAAGUCACGUGACCUGAGUCCUGUCCUCAGACUGGAGCCACAGGCUGAGUAAGACUUCCUGCAGCCAGUGACUGUGACGAAACUUUCGUGUGUUAGUGAAUGCUGCCUUCAAGAGAUCUGUAGAACAGAAACCUGCUCUGAGGUCUCUGCAGGAGCAGCAGAGACCAAGGUGGAGCCAGAGUCCGGUCUCAUCAGUCUCUGCUGUGGAGUCUGGAUCUGACCAAACUGUACAGACUCAAACAUGAGUCUCAUUUUUUGCAUCAAACUUUUGUCCUGAGAAGUUAAUGAAAAUGUUGUAAUGUUUUAAAAAUCUUUUAUUUAACAAAGUUGAGAUGUGAUUUAAAAAAAAAAACAAAAAGAAAAACUUCCUGGAUCCUUUACAGUAAACUGAUCCCUCCCCCCAGCACCCGGCCC